AGGAAUAUUUUGCAGACUUUGCGUUAAUAUUGUGAGCAAUACAAAUUUUACAGUAAUAGACGAAUUUAUAAAAGAAAUUUUAAGGACAAUUUCACAGAAUCUGGACUUUGACAACAGAUAUGCAGGUGUCAUAUGUUCUACCUGUUCUGUUAAACUUUACUCUGCAUUUGGCUUUAAGUCCACUUGUCUCUAUGUGGAGGACAAGAUUGUUUCUUACGUUAAUCCGAAAAUAUUAUUCGUCGACUUAAGGGAAGUAUAUUUAAUGGAAUAUGACAACAAACAAUUAAUUAAAAUGGAAAAUGAUCAGAAAAUAUGUCGAUUAUGUUUGCAGUUGGUUAACGAAGGCUGUUAUGAAGUGAAAUUAGAGAUGAUUCAUAGAUACAUCCCAGAAGUGAAUUUUUCCAUCACCGAUAAUCCCAUCGUUUGUAGGCAAUGUUUUGAUUCACUUAGCACUCACCUUACAUUCAUAAAAACCUGUUUAGAUGUUGAAACAAGAAUUGAUAUAUGUGAUAACAAAAUGCCACAUUUUGAGCAUAGUAAUAUAUUAUUGAAAAGCAAAAACGAGGAAAUGGAAUUAGGAGAGGAACAGAAGUUAGAAGGGUUAGUUAAAACCAAAAAAGAGUUAGAACCGGAAGAAAUACUGAUUAAUAGCAAAGAAAAGUUAGAAGGGGUAGUUAAAAUCAAAAAAGAGUUAGAUCCGGAAGAAACACUGAUUAAUACCGACGAAGUCAAUGUAAAAAGUGAAGGAAAAUGUAGAGGAAG